GGCUCGUCGCGCGGCGCUGUUGUGGCUCGGGCGCGCGAUGUAAAGGCGCUCAGCGCGUUUAUUUCUGAUUGUUUUGAAGGAUUGCAGUAAACAGAAAACAGCCAACGGUCGCCGAUCCGCGGACUGCGACGCACAGAGACAGCGGGAAGCGCCUGAAACGCUGUUCGUGUGGAUGCCGUUGAACCGGUUCGCGCUGUCACUGACUGUUUUCUCGGAUCAGUUCUCCUCGGAUGAUGGUUCUGGACGGGUUCGGACGCGGGAAGAGCCUCGGCGCGGCGGCGGCGCGGGGGAAUGUGGACGCGGUGCGGCGGAUCUUGCAGGAUCACCGGCUCCAACCGGACGCUCUCAACGAGUUCGGGAAAACCGCCCUGCAGGUGAUGAUGAUGGGCUGCACCAGCGUGGCCAGUGUGCUGCUGGAGCACGGCGCUGACCCCAACGUCCAGGACCGCUGCGGAGUGACCCCUGCUCACGACGCGGCUCGCACCGGCUUCCUGGACACGCUGAGGGUUCUGGUGGAGCACGGGGCCUCCGUCAACGUCCCGGACCACAGCGGGGCCCUGCCUCUCCACACCGCCAUCCGCGAGGGCCACGGGGACGUGGUGGAGUACCUGGCUCCGCUCUCGGACCUGGGGCACCGGGACGGCCAUGGGGCCGACGCUCUGGCCGUGGCUCGAGACGCUCGAUCUCCGGAGAUGGUGGAGCUUCUGGAGCGUCUGAGCAGGUCCAGCUGAAGAACUGUACCUCGUUAGCGGCUUGUAUUGAUAUUAAUAUGUUGGUUGUUCUGAUAGUUGGUAGUUAAACUCAAUAUUAUCUGGGAUAUGUAGCACUGCUUUUGCACAGAGCGAGCGGAUCCGACGGAGCGGGUUUGCCAGGCACACGUGUAAAUAACUCUUUUUUUGGUAUUUUACAAAACAUUUCUGUGCAGAAACUUGAACUGUUAAGUUUUAUUCUUGUGAAAUUAUUUCUUGAUGAAUUCUUACUAUGUGCGUAAGUUUGCUUGGAGUUUUUCGAAGAUUAACGUCUGUAAAUAACAUUUUAUGAAUUUAUUUGAAUUAUUUAUUGAAGAAUUGUAUAUUAACGUUUGUUUACCGUGGUAUUUUUCAGAUGUUAUUUAUUAAGGUGUUUCAUAAACUGAAAAAUCUGUUUGAAUUAACUGUCCUCGUGUUUCCAGACUCAGAAACAUGUACUAUGUAUAACUUUAUUUGUUCAACAUUAAAACAAAUAGCACAUUA